AUGCCGAAUCAAAUGGAGAUUAAGUUUUUGGAGCCUAAGCAGGAUAACAUGAGUGUGGCAGAUUAUGAGGUUCGUUUCACUGAAUUGGCAAGGUUCGUUCCGGAUCAAGUUGAUACGGACGAAAAGAGGGCUAAAAGAUUUCAGCAAGGGCUGAAGGAUUGGAUCCGUAGUAGGGUGGCCAUGUUUGAAAUGACUUCGUAUGUUUCUAUAGUUCCAAAGGCCAUGAUCAUUGAGAAUGAAAGUGAGAUGUCCCAGAAAAAUAGAGAUGGGAAGAAGAAAAAGGUGGAGGCUUCAGAAGGAAAUCAAAAGCAAGGAAACUUUCGGGGCAGCUUUAAUAGAAGGCCAGAGUUUCAGCCAAACCGAAAUGUUGGAUUUAGGAGACCACCAACGGAAAAUGGGGGUCAGAGAAAUCAGUACCAUUGUAGAACCUGUGGUGGAAAACAUUUUGGAAGUUGUAGGAGCACAGUGGAAUGCUAUAAAUGCCACCAGAAGGGACACUAUGCAUCAGAAUGUGCUCAUAAGGCUCCAGAGCUCAAAGAAGGAGUUGCAUGUUAUAGAUGUGGAAAGUUGGGCCAUAUGGUCAAGGAUUGCCCCAUACCUGGGCCAAUGGGAAACUUUCCAAGGAUUUCGGGUCCUCCAGCUGAGAACGUGCCGAGGAUAGCUGGACCAUCUAAUCAGAAUCAGCCGAAAGCCAGAACCUUCAACAUGACUAUGAAGGAUGCAGUGCAGAGUUCAGACGUGGUUGCAGGUACGCUUCCCGUGAACUACAUAAAUACUAAUAUAUUUAUUGAUUCUGGAGCUACAAGAUCUUUUGUUUCUAAGGAUAUUAUUGAUAAAUUGAAUUGUGGAGUUCGAUUCUUAGAACAAGCUUUGGUAAUUGAGUUAGCUAAUAAGGAUCGAGUUGUAGUCGAUCAGAUUUAUCCAGGAUGGGACAUUAUUAUAGCAUGA